CUCUUGUACACGACCCUCUGGGUGCUGUGCUACAGAAAAGAAACAUGAAUAUAAAUAGUAGGUCGAACUAUUAGGCUUAGCGUCUGAAGGACCUAUUUACAUAUUUUUUAUAUUCAGAUUUAAAAAAUGAAAGAUAGUGUAGUACAAGAGACGGUGAGACCUAAAUGUAGUGUAAAUAUAGGGCAGGCUACGAGCUGAGCUUUAGUCCACAAUCCGUUUACACCCAGUGCAUGCAAAAAUAAAUAUCUCAACCAGUGCGUGCGAUAAGUGCACACAGCCAGAUCAACUGCAACCAGAGGCGUAAGGACUACAAGCACGAUGAUCUGCCAGUCCUGUUGCAGGUUACAGCUAAGGAAAGGUCACACCGCCUAUGAACAACGCGAGUUCAGGGGGGCCAUUCGAUGCUUCAGCAUUGCUUUGGAAGCGACGUCAGUGGGCUGUGUCUACGAUCACGCAACUGGACGUGUAGGCACUAUUCCCAACGGGGGUGCCGGCAUGAAGGGAGUAACCUGUGAGAGCGACCGCUUGGAGGCUCAGAGUGACACACACGCAAGUCUUAUUGAGCCUAGCACAACCGCACACAGACCUAAACAUGAUGCGAGCCCAGAUAUGACUACAGAUACGGUGGGGGAUGAGCCGUACACGAUAUGCACCAGCGACCAGUUCCACUUCAUGCACGCAAUGUCUCCGGUAUUGCAUCGUGGUCCAUAUUCGUUGGCAUUCCCAUUGGAUGAUGUAGCGCUGCUGGAUGGGAACGAAAAGUUGAAGAUAGACGCUGAUUUAGGUCGUUUGAAUGUAGCAGCUAGUAAGGACGCUCCGACAAAACACACAACACAGACAAUGCUGGUUGCUGACAUCUUACAAGAUCACACGAGGGAUUCAAGUGAAUCGCGUGAAUUAGAUGCAGGUAUACACACUUGUGAACUAUGUGGCGGAAGGUAUUCUGCUGACGGAUACGAACAAACGCACACACUGAGGUGGCCGGACAAGCGGAGACUCGCUGCGGACGAACCUUCUAGAAUAAACAGGACAGAGACACGUGUGUAUGUUAAGCAAGACAACACGGGCGACCUGCCGUCAGGUGAUACCACCUCUGCAUCUGACAGCGACGGAAAAGUGGGGGAGUGCAGCAUUGAGUUGUGUGGGGGGGUGAUACUCGCACUCUUCGCUGACCUGUGUGAUGCACACUAUGCCCUGUGUGAGUACGCAGCUGGGGUGGCCAGGGCUGAUGACUGUGAGCGGUACAUGCAUAGCCACCCAGCAGGAGUAGGUACGGGUGCCAUGAGCAGCAAUGACGCGUCUGUGGCUGCUAGGCAACCACACCAUACGUGUUGGGAUAGAGAAUCGACUGAUGAGAGAGUGUGUGAGAAGGAGUCGAUGCGGAUUAAUAAGACACGUGUAUACCUGGCGAAGAGCAAGUGUCUGUAUGAGCUUCUCCGUCUGGACGAAAGCUUGGCACAGGCCGACCUAGCUAUUAAGGUAUACCAAAACAUAUCAGACACUUCAGCCAAGCACUCUGCACCAACGACAGGUGCUGCAUCUCAGUCACAGACCACUGCACACGCAUGGAACCAGACACAUACCACUACACACACAUGCAACAGGUCGCAGACCACUACACACACAUGCAACAAGACACAAACCACUACACACAUAGGGAACAAGGCGCAGGCCCGCUCACAGACGCGUCUGUUAAGCGAUGCACGUGUGCAACUGCAGUUGGUGAAGACUACUCUAACGGAGCGCAGGCAGGGUGUGUUUGAUCUAGAGGCGCUCUUAGCGUCCAGCUCAGGAGCCAUGCACCAUAGACACCGGGCGUAUAUAGGCCCCGCUAAGACCACCGAGAUUCUAGGCAAAGGCCGGGGGUUGGUGGCCACCCGCGAUAUACUCAGAGGUGAGCUGGUCACGGCGGGGUAUCCGUUGGCGAGUGUUGCGGUGACACGAGAGAGAGACGGGGUGGAUGCGUUAGGCAAGGUACUGCAUGAGCAGGCUAAGCGUGAUGCUGGGUUUGCCGAGGUACUGGGCAGGCUGUUUGGCAGCCGUGUCUGUGGUGCUGUGACGGAGAGUAUAGGUGCCGGUGCAAGUUCAGGUGAACAUGUAUCCGAUGGUAGCGGGAAUGGCGUAACGUCUCAUGGCGGCGACACGAGAGUGGUGGGAGACGGUGUGCAUGCAGCUGCUGUGGGAAGGAAUGAAAGCGCGAGUGUUGCUGGCAAGGAAGCCGACACACGUAACAGCAAUUCGACGGGUAUGAUGAACGCUAUUAGGGUUAGUAAUAGAGCACACGCAGAGACACUACCCGGGACCAGCUGGAAAGUGCCCCCGCUGGAGGCUUGCAAGGAUGUGGUGCGGAUGAACGCGUUCUCCUGCGAGCAGGGCCUGCACAAAACACAGCUGCACGAGUUUCAAAGCGCCGCCGCUCCCGAGCGCAUCGACGUCUGCAGCGUAUACGACCACAUCAGCUACCUCAACCACGCGUGCGCGUCCAACACCACACGCAUGAUUGUCAAGGGAUUGCAUAUGGUGCGUGCCCGGUGUGACAUCAAACGAGGCGAAGAAGUCACGACCGCCUACGCCGAGUCGGACCACACGGCGCAGCGGUGGGAAUUUGAGUGUGUGUGUGAAUACUGCGUGCUUGUACCCUCUCUCCCGCGAGAGGUGUUGCAGGCUACCGCCACCUGUGACGAGCUUGGGAACCGUGUGACGGUAUGUAUAGACCGUGGGGAGGGUGUGAGUAGUGUCAUGAUUGACCUGCUGCGAGAGACAAUAGCAUGUGUCACCACACACCUGGUGAGGUAUUUUGAUACGCUCGCUCGAGAUGGUCGUGACUGCUCGCCAGCCGUCCAAGCGAAGAUAGUACACACGUACCUGAUGCGCCCGUCCUUUAUCCUCUACAAUGUGCUGAAACGUAAGCUGGAUGCGGAGAAGGCCAGCCACGAGGCAACGGCCCAACACCCCCGCCCCAAAGGCAACACACAACCCCACCGCACCGAUCCCAGGGCCGCGUUCGAUGUGCUCAUCAACUCGUUAAGUGUACUGCAAGACCCGUUUGAUACGUGGGAUAGUUCGGUGUUCAUGUCGCUGGUGGGAGAGAGCAUGCGCAUGCUGCUGGUAGCAGGUGCGGGGGCUCUGCCCACUAUUGAACACUACCUGGAAAUGGCUGUGCAGGCGGAGAUAGAUGUGAUAGGCGACUACCCCGAGUGGGCGUAUGGUAAUGUGAAGCGGCAGGCGCAGGUAUCGUUGGGUUUACCGGCAUCCGUAAUUGACCGCAUACUCCUGUCGGACUGAAUAAACG